AUGACGGACCAGGUCGCGCAAAACGCUACUUCUGAUCAGUCCACCAACGGGCGACCAGUCUCCCCGAUUGAGGAACCUGCCGCCAAAAGACAAAGGGUCGAAGAGUCGACGACAGCUGAAGCUCCGGUUGAUCAAAACGUCACCGCUCAGAAUGGUGCUGCUACACAAGACAACGGCUCUAUAAAAAAGCUGGAUGAUAGAGACAAUAGAGAUAAGGGAUAUGCCCCCAUUAAGAAAGAGUAUCUGAUUGACGCCGCUGAUCUUCGCGGUCAGGCAGAAGAGGCCCCUGCCGACGAUGACGCCGCCGAGGGUCGUGAAGGCGGAGACGACAGGGACGGCGGCGGCAAGCGUGGAAAGAAGAAAAAGGCCAAGGGUCAAAACACGGAGCGUUCCUUUGGCAAGUUUGACGACGCUUUGCCCCUCUGCAACAGCCGCGCCUUUUCCCCCGAGUUUUCACCCCGCGAGUGCCGCUUCGGCGACCGCUGCCGCCUGUGCCACGACAUCCGCCAGUAUCUCGCCGAGGGUCGCCGCGGCGACGUCGAGACCUUUGAGGGCAAGUGCCCCGUGUUUUCCCAGCACGGCCGAUGCCCGUCUGGCUGGAAGUGCCGCUUCGUGCGCAGCCACAUGGAGGAGAUUACGCGUGCCGACGGCCGCAAAGAGCUGGUCCUGGUGGAUAAGUCGGGCCGCGACGGCGAGACCAACGAGGACGGCGGUGCUGAUGUCGACGACGCGCGACCCGACGUCGUGAACAUUGUACCCAUGUCGGUCAAGAUCGACAUGAACCGCAAGCGCCUCGACUUUGGCGAUGCUGAAAAGUACAUUGCCUGGAUGGACGCCGAGUCCAAAAUCAAUCAAAAGAACCAUCACCGGCGCAAGGACGAAGCAGGCGAAGAAGAAACGGCCACCGCCGAGGACAACCGCGCACAGUAUGUCGACCCGCCGUUUUUGCCGUCCGAGAAGCGGCGCCUGUACUUUGGCCGCGAGACGCCGACGCUCGCGCCGCUGACGACGCAAGGCAACCUGCCGUUUCGGCGGCUGUGCGUCGAGCUGGGGUGCCAGCUGACGUACUCGGAGAUGGCGCUGGGCAUGCCGCUACUGCAGGGCGUCAAGGCGGACUGGACACUCAUGAAGGCGCACACGUCGGAGACGGUACCGCCCACCUACACGAGCACGGUGCCCCUGUACGAUCACGCGCGCGACCUUCGCUUUGGCGCGCAAAUCUCGGGCAGCGCGCACUGGGUCACGACCAAGGCGGCCAGCGCGCUCGCGCGCUUCUGCCCGCACCUACGCCUCAUCGACCUCAACUGCGGCUGCCCGAUUGACAUGGUGUACAAGUCAGGCGGCGGGUCCGCGCUGCUCGAGUCCCACGGCAAGCUGGAGCGCAUGAUUCGCGGCAUGAACGCCGUCUCGGGCGAGGUGCCCAUCACCGCCAAGAUCCGCACCGGCGUGCGCAGCUCCCGUCCGACGGCGCCCACCGUCAUUGACCGGCUCGCCUUCGGCUCCAAGGAGCACCGCGCGCGCCUCGGCGCCCCCGGCUGUGCCGCCAUCACUCUCCACGGCCGCAGCCGCGAGCAGCGCUACACCAAGCUCGCCGACUGGGGCUACAUUGGCGAGUGCGCGGCGCUCAUCCGCGCGCACAACGCGACGCGCGACGCCCUCGCCGACACGGCCGCUGAGCCCGACGCCCGCACGCAGGCCGCCGCCGGCCGCCUCUUCUUCCUCGGCAACGGCGACUGCUACUCGCACGUCGACUACCACCGCAACAUUGACGAGGCGCGCGUCGACACCGUCAUGAUUGGCCGCGGCGCCCUCGUCAAGCCCUGGCUCUUUGAGGAGAUUGAAAAGGGCCAGUACCUCGACAAGUCGGCGUCGGAGCGCCUCGCGUACAUAGAAAAGUUUGCCCGCUACGGCCUCGAGGCCUGGGGCUCCGACGAGCUCGGACUAGGCUUCACACGGCGCUUCCUGCUCGAGUGGCUGAGCUUUGCCCACCGCUACGUGCCGAUUGGCUUGCUCGAGCGGCUGCCGCCGAGCAUCAAUGAGCGGCCGCCCGCGUACCGCGGUCGCAACGACCUCGAGACGCUCUUGGCAUCGCCCAACUACAAGGACUGGAUCAAGAUUUCAGAAAUGUUCCUCGGUCCUUGCCAUCCUGGGUUCCAGUUUAUGCCCAAGCACAAGUCCAACUCGUACGAGGCCGAGGGUUAA